AUGGACCUCCUCACCCCUCCCAACAAUGUAACUGAAUUUCUUCUCUUGGGACUCACACAGAAUCCACACUUGCAAAAAAUACUUUUCAUUGUCUUUUUGCUCAUUUUCCUAUUCACCCUGCUGGCCAGUCUGCUCGUGGGCAUCACCGUCUCCCUCAGCCCCACACUUUCAGCUCCCGUGUACUUCUUCCUCACUUACUUGUCCUUAAUCGACACCAUAUAUACAUCUGCCACCACCCCAAAAGUGAUCAUUGACCUGCUUUACCAGAGGAAAACCAUCUCCUGGGGUGGCUGCAUGACUCAGCUCUUUGUGGUACACUUCCUGGGAGGAUCAGAGAUCAUCAUCCUGGUUGUCAUGGCCUAUGACCGCUAUGUGGCCAUCUGCAAGCCUCUGCACUACACAACCAUCAUGCGCCUUUGGCUCUGCCAGCUCCUGGUGGUGGUGGCCUGGACUGGGGGGAUCCUACAUGCCACUGUGCAGGUUCUUCUCACUGUUGACUUGCCCUUCUGUGGUCCCAAUGUCAUUGACCACUUCAUGUGUGACUUUUUCUCACUGUUAAAACUGGCCUGCAGUGACACUUACAAGCUUGGCAUUGUGGUGGCUGCUAACAGUGGGGGCAUGUGCUUACUGAUUUUUUUCAUGCUACUUAUCUCCUACAUAGUCAUCCUGAGCUCCCUGAAAUCCCGUGGCGCUGAAGGACGGCGUAAAGCUCUGUCUACAUGUGGCUCUCACUUCACAGUAGUGAUGCUCUAUUUUGUCCCUUGUAUACUCACCUACACAUGUCCUGUGGAGACUUACCCUGUGGACCUGUUGAUGAGUGUGUUCUUUAUAAUCCUCACUCCCGUGUUAAAUCCUAUCAUUUACACAGUGAGAAACACAGAGGUGAAAAAUGCCAUGAGGAGUUUGUUGAAGAGGAGAGUAACUUAGGUUGUU